UUCAUGAUGGCAGUCUUCAAUAACUUUGUUUUGUGCUUUACAAUUGUGUUUAUGGAUUUGAAUCUUGUGUAUCAGAUGAAGAUAAACAAAGGGUUGGACGCUGAAACCCAUCAUGAACCUAAGAAGUGGCACUCGUUAAAAGACUCACAGUUUCUGUGGUCGCUGUGUAAUAAAACAGCCGUCCCCGUGGUCGUCACGUCCCUACAUAUCGAGCCCGACCCCAUACAGUUCGGCCAUAACAUAUCGUUCUCCGGGCAGAUUGAUGUAUCCGAAGAUGUUGGUACCACCACGACACUUGAGGCUCACCUGAAGGUCAUGAUGAAGCUUGGCACCCAGUGGUUCGACGUCUGUGUCUACAAGCCAGAGUAUUGCAACAUCAACGAUGUUUGUGACUGGAUGAAACGAGUUGUGAGCGACAAAUGUCCGCCGCAUUUGGAACCCUUAUGUCAGUGUCCAUUUAAAAAGGGUAAUUACACUAUCCCAACGCUUACCAAGAUGGUUCCCAAUCCACCAAUCACGGUAUCCGGGCGGUUUGACAUCACUAUGACACUAAAGGAAUCUCAGAAAGAAAUCGGCUGCCUCAACGUCCAGCUCUGCCUUGGCCAGUGCUAGUCUGACGAAGAGGUGUCAACAACCAAAAGAUCUGUAUUUGAAGUGUGCGUUUUAAAUUGAAGAUUAUACCUAUGUUAAGUCACGAACAAAGAAAAAGAAAAACACGAGGAAGAAAAAUAAGAGUUUACUCAUUAGAUAUAUCAUCCUGUACAUACAUAUUUGAUUUAGCCAACAUAAUAACGGACAUAUGAACGUGAGAGACUGAGUAUAAAAUAAUCUAUAUAUUCAUGGUUUAUACGUCCCCCGUAAGGUUAUUGACUGGUACAGUAAGUCCUUUCACGAAAGUUUUAGAACGUUGAUUUAAUCAUGUCAACCCAAUAUAUUUUGCAAUGAAUAUCAGUGUAUAUAUUUAUUAAUAAUUGUAUAUCUUUAAAUAUUUACUAAUAAGAAUUCAGUCGGAACAUUGUUAAAAGUGAACCUGUUAUGAUUUGAAUUUUUACAAUAUCUUAAUAAAAUAUCAAUGCUA